UCACGAUUUCAAACAUCAUUCAAUCAGACACACUCGGCUGCGACACAUACACCCUGAUCAUCUCCACAACCGUCCCUCCAGUACCACGAAAAGCCCACUGAGUCUUCCACACCAAUCUUACCACCAAAUCCUCCUCCACAACACACUAUGGGCUCCAAAGCCAGCAAACUCGAUCCCCGCUCCGGCUCGAGUUCCUCCAACAAGCUGCAGCCCUCCGUCUCACAGCAAGACAAAGAGCAGAUGAAGGAACCUGACAACUACUAUACGCACCGAUCGAAGAGCAUGCGCAGGAAGGCUGGGAAGACACCAGGUGGGAGUGGGCCCAACGGCGAGCCGGGGCAGAGUGGGGUUACGGGGGGUGGGCUGGCGUAGGUAUUUGACAAAGGCAGAGGUUGCAAGACUUGCUGCAGAAAGCCAUCCAUGAUACUGGGGGCUGAAAGGCUGGGUGAUGGAUCGAGUGCGUUGGCAUAGAGUUUUGGCAUAGCGUGGGCAUGGCGUUUGGAAUCUUUCAAUCUUAGAACAGUUGCAUCUGUACCGUGGUUACGAAAUCGAACGAAUGGAAAGUGAUGGAUACAACAC